AUGGCGUUUAGAAAUCCCAUGUACCAAUUGUCCAAUGUGGAUGAUAUAGACAGCGAAGUUUUGAAUUCGAGAUUUUCAUCAGAAGCCAAAGAUGAUGGAUUGGCUCGCCGGCGUACAACACUAGCUAUCUUUACAUGUACGGCACGACCCCAGCUGGAGGGGCAGAAUGGUGCUCCUGAGGUGCUUGAACGCUCAAGACCUCGGAUAGCUCACAAGCGUCAGAGGCGUCGCCAUGUUCCGCGUUGGAUUAGUGACAGUUUUCGAACGUGUUUGCCCAGCCCAUCCGGCAAAUGGAAGGAACAGACGGCAAAUGAAGGGGAGGGUCGUGUCAGAAAUUCAUGGCUUGCGGCCUGUGAUGAGCGAAUUGGUAUCGCUGAACCAACGAAUUACUGGCAUGGAAUUAUUCAUACAGAAGACGAUAACUCAAGAACGCUGUAUCUGAUACCGGAAACCUGGGAGGAUGUUCACUUAAAAGAAGGAUUUGUUGCUAUUAUUGAUUUGGCAGCUGAGCGAUUACGAUGCACAAAACUAAUUCUUUUCGUGGAUAAAAAUCUGUCUGCAUUAUCGUAUCUUGUCAAAAGUCUACAUUGGGUAGGUUUUGAACCCAUUCCUCAUUUGGAUUGCGUUGAUCAUGUGCUUUUUGGAAUGGAACUUUAG